CUCCUGCCCCCCGUGAGCCCACUUCCGGUUGCGCUGAGCGAUGGCGUUUUUCGCCUCUGCGGCGGGCUCUGGACAGUUCCUGAGGCGGGCAGCCUCUUUGUUAUGGUCUACAGCUCGAAGUCAAAGUUCACGAAGCACCUCAUCACAGCAACAGCUCCUUCCAAAAACCUCACUGAGUGAACCUCCAUGGCCUGAAAUCAGACUACCUGACCCAAUAGAAGAGGCGAAACACCACAAAGAGGUUGUGCAAAAAGUGAAUGAACUAAUUGCCACUGGACAGUAUGGAAGACUGUUUGCAGUUGUUCAUUUUGCCAGCAGACAGUGGAAAGUAACCAGCGAAGAUUUGAUUUUAACUGAAAAUCACGUACAGGCUGAGUGUGGAGACAGAAUUCGAAUGGAAAAAGUAUUGUUGGUUGGUGCAGAUAACUUCACUUUGCUGGGAAAGCCACUUCUGGGAAAGGAUCUCGUUCGCGUGGAGGCCACUGUUAUUGAGAAGACAGAAUCUUGGCCAAGAAUUAAUAUGAGGUUCCGUCCAAAGUGUCAUUUCCAGAGGAAGAGAAUCGUCAUUCAACCACAAACUGUUCUGAGGAUAAACAGCAUUGAAAUCGCUCCUGUUCUGUCAUGAUGAAUUGUUGGACUUAUCAUUCCUGCUUUAGGGCAAUAUGAACACUGAACGUGUUUCUUUUGCAUUUGGUUACUGUCAGUAAAAUAAAUGUUGUUAUUAAAUUUU